AUGAUAGGAGAAGGUUUAGAACGUCGUGAUAAAGGAAAGGGGGUAGCAAGGCCUAAAAAGAGGCAACGACAGACACCAAAAUAUGUACUUAGGGUGCCGGCUACACUACCUACCACAGCUGCCCCCAGUCCAUCAUCUGUGGUGCCUUCUCCUACCCCUGCAGUACACCCUCCUCCUACCUUUGCAGUACACCCUCCUCCUACCCCUGUAGUAGACAUUCUUCCUCCUCUUGUGAUUAUUACCCUCACUGCUCCCCCUGUGAUUAUUACCCCCAUUGCUCCACCUGACCCUACUUCUAUACCUUCCUCAUCUUGUAUAUCGCCUUCUAAGACUGCCACACCAUCUGUUGAUCCAGAUUCACCUGGUGAUGGUGAUGGUGUUGACUCGCCCCUCCAUGAUCGACCAUGGAUUCAACCAUAUGGUAAAGGGUUUAUUCCAUCCACG